UGCGUCGCGUUCGCACGGGGACCGCGGCUUGGAGCAGUUCUAGAUAUUUUUUGAAACGGCAAGUUUGCUUUAAUUGAAUCGGUCGGUCGAAUCGCAGAGUUUUGAUUAUUGUGUGUUGUUAUUAAAUUGAAUUUGUACGUGCUAAUAAAAGAAAUCGUAGCGGAGUCAGGCGCGAAUACGAAUGCAUAUUAAGUGCACACUCGCGAGAUGCAGCAAAUGCUUAACUGCGGCGACAAGUGAAAAAGGGUGUAGAAACCAUAUGAAAAUAUCUCAAAGAGUUGCAAUCAAAGUUGCUAAAAGAAAAUACAACAAAUAAAUUGUUUUCCAAAAGGUUAAAGCAAACAUCGCCAAAAUUGAUUUCCGUCGGAUCAAAAUCUUUACCUCAAAACUGGAUUAUAAUAAAUCCGUUGAUAUUGGAACGCAGCAGGAAAACAACUCUGGGGUAACCAACAAAAUGGUCAAACGCACCGACGGCACAGAAUCCCCCAUACUGGCUGAAGACGGUGGCGAUGGCCACGAUAAACCCCGUUUGCGAUAUGGAGAAUUGGUUAUACUUGGCUACAAUGGCUACUUGCCCCAGGGCGAUCGCGGUCGUCGACGCUCCAAAUUUGUGCUCCACAAGCGAACAGAGCCGAGCGGCGUAAAGCGCUCCAAACAUUACAUCGUACAAUCACCACAGACAUCCAAGGCCAUACUGGAUGCCAACCAGCACUCGAUAUCGUAUACGCUCUCACGCAAUCAGGCCGUCAUUGUCGAGUACAAAGAGGACACGGAAACGGAUAUGUUUCAGGUGGGACGCUCGUCAGAAUCGCCAAUAGAUUUUGUUGUAAUGGACACGCUGCCCGGUGAUAAGAAGGAUGCCAAGGUGAUGCAGAGCACGAUUUCACGCUUCGCCUGCCGCAUUUUGGUUAACAGAUGUGAACCCGCCAAGGCGAAAAUCUUUGCCGCUGGCUUCGAUUCAAGCAGAAACAUAUUCUUGGGUGAAAAGGCCACCAAAUGGCAGGACAAUGUGGAAAUUGAUGGUCUAACCACAAACGGUGUGUUAAUCAUGCAUCCCAAAGGUUCAUUCUGUGGCGGCAAUGCCAAGUGCGGACUCUGGCGUGAAUGCUCCGUUGGCGGCGACGUUUUCAGCUUGCGUGAAUCGCGUUCGGCACAACAAAAGGGGCAACCCAUCUAUGAUGAAUGCAACAUCUUGCAGGACGGCACACUCAUUGAUCUCUGUGGCGCCACACUGCUCUGGCGCUCAGCUGAGGGGCUGCAACAUUCACCGACCAAACACGAUUUGGAGAAGCUUAUCGAUGCCAUUAACGCUGGUCGUCCACAGUGCCCGGUGGGUCUCAAUACAUUGGUUAUACCACGCAAAGUGAACAUCAGUGAUCAGGUGAAUCAGCCUUAUGUGUACUUAAACUGCGGCCAUGUGCAAGGACAUCAUGACUGGGGUCAGGAUGAGAACACAGGUGCACGCCGUUGUCCCAUGUGCCUAGAACUGGGGCCCGUUGUUACCUUGUGCAUGGGCCUGGAACCGGCCUUCUAUGUGGAUGUGGGCGCACCCACGUUUGCAUUCAAUCCAUGUGGUCACAUGGCGACUGAGAAAACUGUCAAGUACUGGGCAAAUGUGGAAAUACCGCACGGAACCAAUGGCUUUCAGGCCGUUUGUCCAUUCUGUGCGACGCCUCUGGAUGGCGCGACUGGCUACAUUAAAUUAAUUUUCCAGGAUAAUUUAGAUUAAAGUACUAUUGUAUAUGUAACAUGUGUAUGUGUAUGUGCAUGUGCAGAUGUGUGUGCACAUCUUUCUAGUAGAUAUGUAUUUGUAGUAAUUGAACAAUGUCCGAAGUUUGAAGCGGGCAUUAAAACUAGGCUUUAUUUAUUAUAAUUAAUUAAUUAUUAUACACCAUGUAUUGUCUGUGUGUUCGCAAUGGAAACACAACAACCAACAUACAUAUAUUAUUAUUUAUAAUUAAAGUGAAUUACAAUACACAAGUACUGUAUACAAACAUAUGUAUUUUGUAAAAGUUAAUUGCUGUAAUUGUAAUUGCUACACAUUACAAAUGUUUAAUAAUAAUUAUUUAAACGCAAUCAUUUACAAUAUCGAUGACGUGCAACAAUUAAACCAACAUACAUCUAAAUUGCAUGUUGAACCCCCCCUCCCCACAACAUACAUACAUUAUUUGAUGUUAUUUUGUUUCCUAUAUUUGUCUGUUGUAUAAAUUAUUUCCAACGAGCAAAAGAAAAUACAAAACGAAGCAAACACUAAGAUUGCAUAACAAUUUCGAUGAAUCGACGAACAAUCCGAUUGAAAAGGCAUUCAUUGCCCUCAAAAAAAAAAAAAUAAAACCGUGUAUAUGUAAUUCUGUAAAAAUAUAAGAUUGAAACCUAAUUUUAAUAUUAACAACCCGUUUCUGCAACACCAAGAUCAAUUAUGUUUUCAAAUAAACAAACAUACAACAACCAACAUUAAUGUAUUUCUCACCAAAUCUAGAGCUUACAUAAUAAUAACAAAAACAACAUCGUAUUUAAAUUUAUACAUUUCAAAUUCCACAUAAAUUGAAAAAAAGCAAAACAAAAACAAACAAGAGUUCUUAACAAUAUUAUGUACAGUUUAAAACAUUGUGGAGAUUUGAAUAAAUAAUAAUAUGUGAAUGCGCUAAAAAGCAUUUAUACAAAAUUAUAAAGUAAUAUGUGGAUAUUUGCCACUACUAAUUGUCUCAGCCUUUAGAGCAUACGAUUUGUAUGGAUUCAAUUUCUGCCUGUACGCAUUAUGCAUUAUUAUUAUUAUUAUUAUGUUAAUUACUAUUAUUACAUUAAAUCAUAACUUUAUUUGUAUUAUUAUUUUGUAUGCGAGAAAAAAGAAAACACACACUAUGUGUUCAUAAAAAUGUUGCGACGCGAUAUGAUGUUAACAAUUACAAACAUUGCAAAAACAAAAGUAAAUAAACUAUAAAUUGUAAAAUAAAAUUCUUUAGCGAUACACAUACGAAUAUA